AUCUGGGAAGUUUGCAUGGUUCAGUCUUCUGUCAGUAAAUCAUCCAUUGGAGAAACAAAAAAAAUGCUGACUGAGGAAUCCUUGAUUUUCAAAUCAAAGAACACAAACUAUAAGGAAAAAAAUAUGGCAAAAUCAUUUGCUCUUCAACAUAGCACGCUCCAUUUUUUUAAGCCACUUGAAGAAGAGGAGGACGAUCCUGAGCCCCACGUAACGUUGAAGAAAAGAUAUAUACCUUCUCUGACAGUAUUCACAAGGAUUUUAAUGAUCUCGUUUGCACUGGCCAGCUUGUGGUACUUGAUGGCCAUGCUGUAUGCCAUGUUGACUGAGGGAUCACGGAGAACUUACACUGGGCAGGAAGUUGCAGGUCAAAAUAUCCGCUCCGAUGUAUUUCUCGAAGACAGCCUCACUUCUUACCCAGCUGAUUCGUACUUUGGCAACGAUGAUUUGGCUAGUAGCAAAAAUUUUGCAAGAGAUUUUAAUCGCCGAGAGCCACCAUCGGACUACAAGUGUAAGAACAUUCCUAAAGUAUUGCGAUUCGAUUGCUACCCUCAAGACGGAGCCACCAAAUUGAAUUGUGAGAAUCGCGGCUGCUGCUGGAACCCGCCUGACCAUAUAAAUUGUGAUAAUGACGAUUGUUCCAAACGUGUUCCGUUGGAUGUACCUUAUUGCUUUUAUCCGGAAGAUUGGACCAGUUAUCAAUAUUUCAAUAUGACACAGGAUGGUAACGAUUUUUCAGGCCUCUUAAGAAUCGGGGCUAAAAGUUCUUACAAAAACGAUAUCGGCGUUAUACAAAUUGAAUCUACCAGCUUGACUGAUUCCAUUAUUCGUGUCAAGAUCUCGGAUCCUGACAAUGCUCGUUACGAACCUCCAUGGCCCCUUAAAAGCGAUUCGAUAAAAUCGCCUAAAAAAAGUUCAAGCCCAAAAUACAUUUUUGAAAUUGAUGAGUCAAGAGCUGGGUUUGCGAUCAGACGUGCAUCAGACAAAACAGUUAUAUUCAAUUCUAUUGGAAUAGGCGGUUUCACAUUCUCCGAUCAGUUCCUUCAAAUACAUUCAGUACUGCCGUCUGACAACAUCUAUGGCUUGGGUGAACAUAGAAAUAAACUUAGACUGGACACUAACUGGCAAUCUUUCACGAUGUUUAACAGCGAUCAACCUCCUGUAGAAAAGAUGAAUCUAUACGGUUCCCAUCCAUUCUAUCUUGUAAUUGAAGAAUCUGGCAUCAGUCACGGGGUCUUAUUUCUGAACAGCAAUGCAAUGGAUGUUAUUCUACAGCCAGCUCCGGCUAUAACUUUUAGAACCAUAGGUGGAAUAUUCGAUUUGUACUUUUUCAUGGGACCUACACCAGCGGAUGUAUUGAGGCAGUACUCCGAAAUUGUUGGAAAACCUUUUAUGCCACCCUAUUGGUCUCUCGGAUUUCACUUGUGCAAAUAUGGUUACAAAAGUCUUGCCGUUACCAAAGAGGUUUGGAACCGUACACGAAACGCAGAGAUACCAUUUGAUACGCAGUGGAACGACAUAGACUACAUGGAUCGCAACAAUGAUUUCACUUAUGAUAAAAAGGAUUUCAAAGAUCUGCCCCAGUUCGUUGACGAACUUCAUUCGGUAGGUAUGCACUACAUUCCAAUGGUAGAUGCAGGACUGUCUGCAUCAGAAAAACCAGGCGAAUAUCCGCCGUAUGAUGAGGGCUUACGAGACCGCAUAUUUGUGAACGACUCUGCAACAGGUCAGCCUUUUGCUGGAAAAGUUUGGAAUCUGGUUUCCACCGUGUGGCCUGACUUCACGAAUCCCAUGACCAGUGAUUACUAUCUUCGCAUGCUGCAAAACACACACAAAAUGUUUGCAUUCGACGGUAUAUGGAUAGAUAUGAAUGAGCCAUCUAAUUUUUAUAACGGUCGUGUUAAUGGCUGUACGAAAAACGAUCUUGACUAUCCGCAAUAUAUGCCGAAUGUCAGGGGUGGAAUCCUCUCGUCCAAAACGCUUUGCAUGGAUGCUCAACAUUUCUUGGGCUCGCAUUACAACCUUCACAAUACUCACGGAAUUGGACAAGCAGUUGCUACAAAUUUCGCCUUGAAAUCAAUCAGGAAUAAAAGACCAUUCAUAAUAUCAAGAUCGACUUGGACAGGUUUUGGAUACUACGCAGGUCACUGGACAGGAGAUAUAUUGUCAGACUGGCAUGAUUUACGAAUGAGUAUUCCUGAAAUAUUGAGCUACAGUUUAUUCCAAGUACCAAUGGUAGGUGCGGAUGUUUGUGGCUUCCGUGGUAAUACAACAGCGUCUCUUUGUAAUCGUUGGUCGCAGCUUGGUGCAUUCUACCCCUUUUCCCGGAACCAUAAUUCUGAUGAGUCAAUUCCUCAAGAUCCAGUCGCAAUGGGAGACUUGGUGGUACACUCAACCAGAAAAGCAUUGAUGAUCCGUUACAGAUUCUUACCAUACUUGUAUACGUUGUUUUUCAAAGCUCACAAGUUCGGCGAUACCGUGGCGAGACCUUUAUUCAUUGAAUUUACAAGUGAUAAAAAUACGUACGACAUUGACAAACAAUUCUUAUGGGGAAGCUCUCUGAUGAUUGUACCUGUAUUAGAAGAGAACGAGGUUAAAGUAACAGCGUACAUUCCACGUGGAGUAUGGUACGACUUCUACACCAAGGCUUUAAUGUUCUCAACGGGAGUAAAUUUCACCCUAAAAGCUCCGGCGGACACGAUACCGUUGAUGAUUCGUGGAGGUUCAAUUUUACCAGCGCAAACUCCAAGCGUCACUACAACCCAAAGUCGAAAAAAUAAAUUUGAAUUACUUGUGGCGUUGAAUGAAAACGGAUUUGCUAGCGGUGAAUUGUAUUGGGAUGAUGGAGAUAGUCUGGAUUCGUUGCAGAAGUAUAAAUUCAGAUGGCUAAGUUUUACCGUCAAAAAUCAAACAUUGAGAAAUCGUGAAGUUGAGACUGGAUAUUUCAGCGACGAUAUGAUACUUGGAAAAGUUAGUAUAAUGGGAAUCCAGAGUGCGGUCGAUGGAGUUUACUUGAAUGGAAAUCAGCACGUUGAUUUCACUUAUGAUAUAAACAGAAGGUACUUGAACAUCAAGGGGCUUCGCGUGGAUCUGAAAACAAGCUUCACUCUGUCCUGGGUAUGCAAGGAAUAGGACGGGUUUACCGCGAAAAUAUUUUUUAGCACACCUAUGUAUAAUAUUUUUACCUUUUGUAGUAAUCUGUAGCGCUUGAAAUAAUAUUGUUCUCUUUGUUUAAUA